GGGCUGAAUGGCGCUCGCGCUCGCCCGUUGGUUUUGCCGCCGGGCCGCGCGCGCUCGGGCGCCGCCGGGCCUCGCGCCCUGCCGGUGGGCGGCGGACAAGCUCGGAUACACGGCGGUGGAGCCGGGGAAGCCGGAGGAGAUGGUGUUCGUGGAGUACGCGGCCGGACCGGAGGAGCAGGAGGUGGCGGCCCAACAGCAGGCGCUCAUUGACCGGGCGGCACCGGCGGCGAGUCCUCAGACCACCGCCUCGCUCGGGGCGCUGCGCCGCCAACUGCUCGCCUUAGAGGCGCUGAAGCCGGCGCGGAGAGGAGUAGAGGCCACCAAGCCCGCAUGGAGUGUCGAACCACUGGUGACCGAUCCGGGCUUCCCGCCGCCCGAACUCCCGUCCAGGAAGAAGCGGCGGCAACGGCAGCAGGCCGAGGAGGCGGCGGCGGCCCCGGCCCCACGUGGGGAGCACCGGUUGUACGGCACCGCCGAUCCGCUGGAGCCGGCGAGCGACUGCCCGUGCUCUGGCUGCGGCGCCCUGUUGCACUGCACCGACCCCUCGCUGGCCGGCUACUUGCCGAGCGAGAAGUACAAGGAGGUGAUGGGGGUCGGACCCGCGGCGCUGCGGCGCGCCGUGUGCCAGCGCUGCUUCCUCCUCGUCCACCACCAGAAGGCCCUGGAGGUGCAGGUGCCGCUGGCCGAGUACCAGCGCCUGGUAGGGAGCAUCGCCCGGCACAAAGCCUUGGUGCUUUACAUGCUCGACCUGCUUGACCUGAGCGGCUGCAGCGGACUGAUCCCCGGUUUGGUGCCCCUGUUGGGUAAGCGUAACACCGUGCUGGUGUUGGCCAACAAGAUCGACCUGAUCCCCGCCGACAACCCCCGCUACCUACAGCGACUCCGGUGCCAGGUGCUAGAGCUGUGCAGCCAAGCCGGCCUGUGGACCGCGCCCCAGAGCAAAGGAGACGUGCACCUCAUCAGCGCCAAGACCGGCUACGGCAUCGAGACAUUAAUUUCCCGUCUGCAGAGUUCCUGGAGCUACCAGGGCGACGUCUACCUAAUCGGCGCCACCAACGUGGGCAAAUCCACUCUCUUCAACACCCUUCUCCAGUCGGAUUACUGCAAAUCCAAAGCUCCUGAUGUCAUCCAGAGAGCAACAGUGUCCCGCUGGCCGGGAACUACGUUGAACCUUCUCAAGUUUCCAAUUAUAAACCCCACACCACAUAGAAUGUUUCGACGGUUAGAGAGACUGAAAGCUGCUAAGUCACAGACUGAAGAUGACCUUGGUGAAGAAGAGUUGAAAAACUUUCAGCAAUUGAAGAAACAUGCCUACUUGAUUGGUAGGGUUGGCAGAACAUUUCGUAAUACUCGAGUGAGUGAACAGUGUAACAAUGGGAUAAUCAAAUGGGAUCCAGAUGAACUUGCCCUGAGUCCAGAACCUGAAGAUGGUAAACAAGAAAAUGUCUCAAACUCCCAAGACCUGGUGGAAUUCACAUACAAUGAACUGAAAGAUGCUCGUUGGUUUUAUGAUACUCCUGGCAUCAUAAAGCAAGACUGUAUUUUAAAUCUACUUACAAAUCAAGAGUUGAAGGUUGUGAUGCCAUCAUCUGGUAUUGUCCCUCGAACGUAUGUACUGAAGCCAGGAAUGGUGCUCUUUCUAGGUGCCCUUGGUCGUAUUGACUUUCUGAAGGGUGAAGAGUCAGCCUGGUUUUCAGUUGUUGCUUCCAACAAGAUUCCAGUUCACAUUACGAGCCUUGAAAAAGCAGAUUCAGUCUACCAAAAACAUGCUGGAAAACUACUACUUGGGGUUCCUAUUGGUGGUGAGGAGAGAAUGAAAAACUUCCCCCCUCUGGUUUCUCAGGACAUUGAAUUGGAUGGAAUUGGAACCCUUGAGGCUGUCGCUGACAUUAAGUUUUCUUCAGCAGGCUGGGUUGCAGUGACUGCUCAUCCAAAGGAUAAAAUUCACCUUCGAGCCUACAUUCCUGCUGGAAUUGGCUUAAUGGUUGAGAAGCCACCACUCCUGCCAUUUAUUGUUGAUGUUAAAGGAAAACGAAUAAGAAAAAGCUCAGCCUAUAAACUUAAAAAGCCAUUGCCAUUUGUUCAGAACUUUGCAGCCCGCUAGAGAAAUGGAAAUGUGACAUAUUUAUAAAAGUGACUGUCAUAGAAUUCAAAACAAUAUUGACAGCCAAAGACUGAACUAUUCUUUGAUCACUCUCAAUGUGCAAGUUACAUUGUUUUGUUGUGAUUUUGAAAGGAAGCUAGUUACUUUAUCAUCAAUGUCUGUGCUUCUAAUGUUGGAGCUGUGUACUUUUGACAGUAUUGAAAAUAAAUGAAUGUACAAAUCAUGAUAACCUGCUAAUCAAAACAGAUAAUGGAGUGAAGCAGUAUUCUUCAGAUAUUUAAAUGUAGAGACUCUGACCAUUAGUUGUGCAGAAAUUCAAUCCUCCAGUAUAGUCCCAAACUUCUGCAAAGCUGAUUGGACCUCUUGGACUGUGGGAACAUCCUCUGAUGCUCUUGCACUUUAACUAUACUUUGCUACUCUAAUGGUUCAUUUGCUGUAUUUGCACUGCUGCAGAAGAUGACUGUCAUGCAGCAGUGGGAGACACAGGUGAAUAAUAGCCUCUUGGUUUAAGCAGAAUGUGUUAUCUACAGUACAUAACAACCAAUGAGAUUGUUUUAUGAUCUCUAUAAUGACCUUUUCUUUUAAAAGUAACCUGAAGUGAAAUGGCUACUUUGUGCCAAGUUUUAUUACAUUUUUAGUAAGGCAGCAUCUGUGUAAAAAGGAAACAGAGUUAACAUUUCAGGUCAUUGACACCUGAAGAAGGGUCCUUGACCUGAAAAGUCUGUUUCUCUUUCCUAAGACGCUGUCUACCCUGUUUCCUGCAUUUUCUGUUUUUGUUUCAGAUUUCCAGCAUCAGUUGUCUUGAUUUUCCACUAAAGCUUACUGUAAGCUAUGCUCAAAGCAGAAAUCUCCCUCAAUUCAUAUCUAAUACUUAAAACAUUAAAAUGGGGAGAAAUAUACCAGCAACGUAGAGAGUGAUCAUGUCUGUUAAUGGCAUAGGAAUAUUUCAAUGUUUGACACACAUUUUUCCAAUAGAUUUACCCAUCUCUUAAAAGUAUUGACUAAGGAAAUGGGGUUAAGGUCAAUCGUCUGUCUUAACAAGCUAAUCAAUCACAGAAGUCUAAUUGUUGAGGCUAGUUUUUUCUUUUAAAAUUGGAAAUAUACUGUUCAAGUAAAUCAAAUCUCAUUACAAAGAAAGUAACUAAUAUAAAUUUAAUUUGUGUCUUGGAAAAAUGAAUUAAACAUGCGGUCUAAGUUCUGCCAGUCUGGCAUGGCCAGAGUAUCAAAGGUGCACAAUUAUUUUUUUUACUGUAUUUGUAUGGUGGCACAGUAGUUGAAGUACUAGACUUGUAAUCCAGAGACAUGGAUUCCAUAACAGCUCUGGAGUUUACACUUCCACAUUACUUACACUGAAUUUAAAAAGAAAAUGCAGUCUGUGAUGAUGACCAUGAAAAUACUAGAAUGUUGUUUAAAAGGCCCAUCUGGUUUACUGAUGUCCUUCAGAAGGAAGAAAGUGCUGUUCUCUGCCAUCUAACCAAUAUGUGAUUCCAGGCCCACAGCUACCCCCUGAAGUGACCCAGCAAACCACUCAGUUCUAAUGGAAGUGCUGUGGUUCAAGGUGACAACUAAUCUGCACCUUUGUAGGACAACACCAACAUCCUGAAAAUUGAAUAAAAUCCUGUCUGGUUACUGAAUUUUAUAAUUGGCUCAAAUUUUAAACUUCAAAUUGAGCAGCAUGUUAGGUCACUUUUUCUUUUAAAAAAAGUAGCAUUUUUCUGCCUUCCUUGCCAUAUGGAAUUUGCACUGCCAAUCUCCUUUACUGACUUUGUUCACCUCCACCUCACUGAGGUGUUGUUAUAAGAUCCUCAGCAAUGAAGCUGUGAGGUCUCCAUAUCUUUCCCUGAUCCUAUUUCUUUUCCUCCUCACAGAAAGAGGGAAAGUUUACCUUUUAAAACUUGUACAUAUCCUAAAUUCUCCAACAUUGUUAUAAAGAGUAUUUAACAGUAAGGAAUUAAGCAAGUUUGAGACAUUGAAUGUUUUACUUUUUGAAAAAGUAGAAAUUGAAGGGGAUAAAGACAUGCCCCAAUGUGUUGAUUACUCCACAAGGUGCACUACUAGCAUUAUUUAGCCAGGUGCUUAAGUGGUGGGAGAGGUGGGGAAGGGAAAGGAAGGAACAGAAGGAACACAUCCUUUUCACAUUUGCUUGGACUAUUCUUUUUUGACAAAUCUGUUAUUCAAAACUGGUGCCAAGGGACGUGGAUGCAUCUGCUUUCAUUUUUCUCUUACAAUUUUCUGCUUAUUCCAUUUUGUAUUUACAAAGUUAAAACGUGAACAAAUCAAGCAAAUUUCCAAUAAUUUUUGUACUCUACGUUCACUGCAGAGUACAGGUGUUUAGUACAAAAUACAAUAGUACUGUAAA